GCGGUGCCCGCGCAGGGGCCGCUCGGACCGCCGCGCCGUGACCCUCCUCCCCGCCCCCUCGCCCGUGCUCGCCCGGCUAUAAAGGAGGGUUUUAUUCUCGGGCUCCGGUCUCACGCCAAACCCUGUCACACCGUCUAGACGAGCUGUCGUGGGGCUCGGCCCAGCUGUCACCAUGGCGAUGGAGACGACUCCGCUGUGAAUUUUGGGGGGGAGCGAGCGAAAGCGGCGGCGGAGGAGGAGGAGGAGGAGGAAGGCUCGGCCGCCGCCGUGCCCUGCCCUGCCCCGCCGCCGCCCGCGGGGGAGGCUCGGACCCCCCGGCGCUCACGGCCGCGGCUGGAGCCGGCCCGGCGGGGAGCCCCGGGGAGCCAGCGGCCGCGGGGCGAGCCUCAGAUGCGUCUGUCACACAAGCCCGGCCGAGCUAUUUAAAGUAACGGGCCUCGCCGGACUUUUGUCUCUGCCUAUUUAUGAGUCCCCGGGAGCUGGCAGGCGCCGCCGGGCAGCGCUAGGAGCCGAGCCCGCAGCACCGAGCCGGGGCCGCCGGGUCCCGCCCGGAGCAUGACGGCGAUCCGGGCGCUCCUGCUCUGCUCCUGCCUGGGGCUGCUGCUACGCCCGGGGGGCGGGCAGCCCUUCCUGCGUCUGCGACCCUCGCCCAGCGACAACCUGCCCGUCAAAGAUAUCGUGGAGCACCCGGACCCCGAGUACGACCCUAAGGAGCAGGACUUGGACGAGAGGACUCUGAGGAAGAAGCUGGGCAGCCAUUUCGACCCCGGUUUCAUGGCCGUGGCCGUGCCGGGACCGGCUAACGCCUCGGGGACCGAGGCGGCUGCGGCGGCGGCGGCGGCGGCAGCGGCGGCAGCGGCGGGGCGGGGGCGGGCCGCGCUGCCCGCCGAGCUGCGGCGGCUAGAGCUGGGUCCGCCCCGGGGACCGCGCCUCAGGGUGGGCAAGAAGGCGCGGCGGAAGGUGCUGCAGUGGCUCUGGGCAUACACCUACUGCCCCGUCCUCUACACCUGGAAGGACCUGGGCAUCCGCUUCUGGCCCCGUUACAUCAAGGAGGGCAACUGCUUCGCCGAGAAGUCCUGCUCGCUGCCCGAGGGCAUGUUCUGCAAGCCCGUCAAGUCGGUCACCAAGACCUUCCUGCGCUGGCACUGCCAGGGCUGGUCCAGCCAGAAGUACUGUACCUGGAUCCCGGUGCAGUACCCGCUCAUCUCCGAGUGCAAGUGCUCCUGCUAGCCGUCCCCGGCCUUGCACUGCCGCCUCGGCUCCUUCGGAUGGGUCUUCCGGAGGAGCUCGGAGGGGUUUCGG